AUGCCCGAGACAGCCGCUCAUAGAUCAAGGCAGGCCGGUCCUGGCAACGAACACAAGGCGAUAGGCGUACUCACUCCGUACUACCCCGAUCCCUCCCUCCAGUCCUCUCCCCCUCUACCCGAGUUACCAUCUAACACGAGUUACAGAUGGGGCGAACCGGCGUGGUUCCAUGCCCUCAAAAGUCCCUACUACAAUGACUCUCACCGGCAGUUCCAAGCUUAUGUGCGGGACUUUGUCGACACGCACUUGCUUCCCCACGCGCAAGAAUGGGAGGCAGCCGGGAGAGCCCCUCUAUCAGCGAGGUUGAAGUUUGCCAAGUCCGGUCUUGCUUUCCUCGACGUUCCCAAAGAGUACCGGCCCAGGGAGCUCAUGACUAUCGCAGGCAUCCCCUUUGAUGAGCUGGACGUCUUCCAUGAGCUGAUUCUGAUGGACGAGAUGGCCCGCAUACCCAGUGGGGUUCCUCUCGCUUUAGCAGGAGCUUCGAAUGUGGGCGCGCCGCCCAUCUUGGCUGCGGGUACCGAGGAGCAGAAGAGACGAUGGCUUCCUGGACUAUUUACCUGGGAAACCAGCUUCUGCCUUGCCAUCACCGAGCCGACAGCCGGCAGCGACGUGAGCGCCAUCCGAGCCACUGCGGAGAAGACCGCGGAUGGCACCCAUUACAUCGUCAACGCCCGCAAGAAGUGGGUUACGGGGGCACCUUGGGCAACACACAUGACCACCGCUAUCCGAACGGGUGAGCCAGGGCGGAGCGGUAUCUCACUGUUGGUCGUGCCUCUCAACCUACCGGGAAUCACGAUGAGGAAGAUCCAUAAUUCUGGUCACAACGCCGGUGGUUCGUCUUGGGUUGUGUUGGAAGACGUAAUGGUCCCGACUGACCACCUGCUGGGCGAAGAGAACCGGGCGUUUCCCAUCAUCAUGCGCAAUUUCAACAAGGAGCGUUUCAUCCUCACGGUUGACUGCAACAGACAAGCUCGUAUAUGUCUUUCCGAGGCACUACAGCACGCACAUGAUCGAGAGACCUUUGGGAAGCCUCUCGCCUCCAACCAGAUCAUCCGGCAUAAGCUCACGACGCUUGCCCACGAGAUUGAGGGCCACUGGGCAUGGCUGGAGCAGAUUGCAUAUCACAUUUAUAUCCACGGCUGGCAAACGAAAGAUGUCGCGAGCAGAAUCGCGCUGGCGAAGAUCCAAGGUGGCAGGGUCGUUGAGCAAGCCGUUAGAGAGAGUCAGCAGGUACACGGCGGGUUAGGCUUCGAAAAGGGGGUGACCAUGACGGAGCAAAUUUCUCGGGAUCUCCGCUUGAAAAUCAUUGGGGGUGGUAGCGAGGAGAUCCUGAGCGAUCUCGCAUGGCGCGAGGAACACAAGCGAGUUUCCGAUCGAGGCGCAAGACUCUAA